GUGGGCACGGCUGUGGCUCCGUCUCCCGGCUGCGCGCGGAGCGGGAGGGCUCUCCUCACAGAAGCGCUUCCUCGCGGAGGGGUUGGAGCUGCGGCAGACGCAGGCCUGGGCAGCCCCUUCUCUGCCGCCUCCUUCUCUUCCUGAGGGCUCCCCGGUCCUCUUGCCCUCCGACGCUACCCAGGCCCAAGAUGGAGCUGCUCCUGCCCCGGGUGCCACAUCAGCAAACUGAAACUUCUCAAGUCCCCUAUAAAUGCUCCACUUGACCAGAAGGGGUAUAUCCAGUCAGCCAAUCCCCAAACACCAAGCCAACUCUGGGCCUUCUCACCCCAAACAAACUUGACUUUGUGGCCCAAGCCAAUCAGGUAUGGUCUGAAUAUGCGUUGCUUGGCAGCUCGGGUCAGCUAUAAGACUUUGAUUGUCAUCUGCGCACUCUUCACUUUGGUCACAGUACUUUUGUGGAAUAAGUGUUCCAGCGACAAAGCGAUCCAGUUUCCACGGCACUCGAGUAGUGGCUUCAGAGUGGAUGCGUUAGAAAAAAGAGCAGCAGCGUCUGAGAGCAACAACGAUGUGAACCACAUGGCCAAGCACUCUGAGGAGGCAUUCCCUCAGGAACAGCAGAAAGCGCCCCCUGUUGUUGGGGGCUUCAAUAGCAAUGGGGGAAGCAAGGUGUUAGGGCUCAAAUAUGAAGAAAUUGACUGUCUCAUAAAUGAUGAACACACAAUUAAAGGGAGACGAGAGGGGAAUGAAGUCUUUCUUCCAUUCACCUGGGUAGAGAAAUAUUUUGACGUUUACGGAAAGGUGGUUCAGUACGAUGGCUAUGAUCGGUUUGAAUUCUCUCAUAGCUAUUCCAAAGUCUAUGCACAGAGAGCCCCUUAUCACCCUGAUGGUGUAUUUAUGUCCUUUGAAGGCUACAAUGUGGAAGUCCGAGACAGAGUCAAGUGCAUAAGUGGGGUUGAAGGUGUACCUCUAUCUACACAAUGGGGACCUCAAGGCUAUUUCUACCCAAUCCAGAUUGCACAGUAUGGGUUAAGUCAUUACAGCAAGAAUCUAACUGAGAAACCCCCUCACAUAGAGGUAUAUGAAACAGCAGAAGACAGGGGCAAAAAUAGCAAGCCCAAUGACUGGACCGUGCCAAAGGGCUGCUUUAUGGCCAGUGUGGCUGAUAAGUCUAGAUUCACCAAUGUUAAACAGUUCACUGCUCCAGAAACCAGUGAUGGUGUAUCCUUGCAACUGGGGAACACAAAAGAUUUUAUUAUUUCAUUUGACCUCAAGUUCUUAACAAACGGAAGUGUGUCUGUGGUUCUGGAGACCACAGAAAAGAAUCAGCUCUUCACUGUACAUUAUGUCUCAAAUACCCAGCUAAUUGCUUUUAAAGAAAGAGACAUAUACUAUGGCAUUGGGCCCAGAACUUCAUGGAGCACGGUUACCAGGGACCUGGUCACUGACCUCCGGAAAGGAGUGGGUCUUUCCAAUACAAAAGCUGUCAAGCCAACCAAAAUAAUGCCCAAGAAGGUAGUUAGGUUGAUUGCAAAAGGGAAAGGCUUCCUCGACAACAUUACCAUCUCUACCACAGCCCACAUGGCCGCAUUCUUUGCUGCCAGUGAUUGGUUGGUGAGGAACCAGGAUGAGAAAGGUGGCUGGCCAAUUAUGGUGACCCGUAAGUUAGGGGAAGGGUUCAAGUCUUUAGAGCCAGGGUGGUACUCUGCCAUGGCCCAAGGGCAAGCCAUUUCUACAUUAGUCAGGGCCUAUCUCUUAACAAAAGACCAUGUAUUCCUCAAUUCAGCUUUAAGGGCAACAGCCCCUUACAAAUUUCUGUCAGAGCAGCAUGGAGUUAAAGCUGUGUUUAUGAAUAAACAUGACUGGUAUGAAGAAUAUCCAACCACACCUAGCUCUUUUGUUUUAAAUGGCUUUAUGUAUUCUUUAAUUGGGCUGUAUGACUUAAAAGAAACUGCAGGGGAAAAACUCGGGAAAGAAGCGAGGUCCUUGUAUGAGCGUGGCAUGGAAUCCCUUAAAGCCAUGCUCCCCUUGUACGACACUGGCUCAGGAACCAUCUAUGACCUCCGGCACUUCAUGCUUGGCAUUGCCCCCAACCUGGCCCGCUGGGACUAUCACACCACCCACAUCAAUCAACUGCAGCUACUCAGCACCAUUGAUGAGUCCCCAAUCUUCAAAGAAUUUGUCAAGAGGUGGAAAAGCUACCUUAAAGGCAGCAGGGCAAAGCACAACUAGAGCUCAGAACCAAAAUCAUAUUUCAGCCUCUGCUGUACACAAAAACUACGGGCUCUCUGUCAGCAGAGCAUAGGCACAUUUUAAAAGGUUGUAUACUAGGUUUUUGUGGAUUACAUCAAAGUGAUAAAUGAUCCUUAAAACCAGUCUUCUGAGAUAAUUGCAUUCGAUGAGUUGGGUGUUUAGAAAUGGAGGUGGCAUUUGGAGCAGAAAAGUGUUUAGUCAAUGGGUGAAUGAAAAUGUUUAACUUGGCCUUGCUUAUCACCCUAUACAGAUAGUUCCACAGAUAGUCCAGUCCUCUCGGUUUGGGAAAGACAAUGGUAAGUAGCUCUUACUGGCCAACUGUCCAGCACUUGCCUGCAAACUUAGUAUGGGGCUCUUUUUAAAUGUGAUUAUUUAUGUUUAUGUUGAAAGCAGACUUUAAAAAUAUAAUGUGCUGUAAUACAGUAAAUAUGUACUUGUAGCCUGAAUAGUGGACUGUGCAACUUUAAAAAUGAUGUUUCUUUUCUAUAUAUUAAUUUUUUGGGAGUGAAUGAACAUUUGUUGGAUUUGUUCAAUUUGUUAUAUAUGGAGAAUAUUUUGAAUUUAUGGUUUUCUUGAAACGUGUAAAUUAAAAACACAACCAGUGUUCAGGCUUCACAGUUAUAUAAUGUAAGCACAACUAAAAUGAAACUUGUUGACUGCACAAGAAAUUACAGAAAUGUUAUCUGUUUUAUGAAACUUGAUCUACAAUCAGUAAAGGUUUGAUAAUCAUUCUAUCCCUCCUCUACCCCCAUUGUGGUGGUUUCUUUUUGUCACUAUCUAGAAUUUUGUAUUUCAUUUCAGACUAUGCUAGAGAGUUUUUUCUAUGUUGGGGGGACAUUUGGGAAUUUUUAUUAUAAACUUAAAUUUGGAGAGGAGGUAGUAAUUUUGAUAAGUCCACUACCACUGUCUUUUUAAGAUUUUUUUUCCCCUUUAAAGGAAAUUACUAGGUCAGAUAUUAUAAGGUUUUGUAGCAGGUUUUUUUUUUUUUUCUACUUAGAUCAUUCUUGGUUGACAACUUUCCAAACUAUUGCCUUUUGUGCAUCAGUGUUUUUCCUUUGCAAUUUUAACUUUAAAUUAUUUCAGCUAUUGGAUAAAAGUGAUGCUACUGCAUUAGCUGUACAUGUGUAAUCAGACCUUUAUUUUAGUUUUAUACCUCACAUAAAUAGGUAUCAUAGCCCUCUACCCUGGGUAGUGUCUGCUAUAAGACUUCAGGCAGUAGGUCAGAACUGAAGGAGGCUGAUUUUGCUGUCUUUGUUUUAGUGUAUGACAAUACACUAAAUCAAUACAAUAACUUAUACAGAAUGGAAACAUGAGACCCCAUAUUUUCAGGGGACUGAGUCUGACACACACCGUGCAGUUUGUGUGUGACCUGUAUGAAAUGCACAUCAAGAGCCAGGUGGGCACCUGCCUGCACACUACAUCUUGAUUGAACUCAGCCUACCAACACCACUUAGAAACCAGAGAAUACAUACAUAUCUAUGUACAAAAUAUAUGUAUCAGUGGCAAAGGGGGCAGGAACGAAGAUCUACAACUGAAGACAAUAUUAAACUGGCCAUGGAAAAGUAAGUUUAAACUCCCAAUUUAUGUGACCACAAGUCGAUUUUGCCCACAACAAAACAGUUGUGGGUUAUUAGGCUUCCCCCUAGCCGUUGACCUUUGUAGUUCUUACACAUUAGAUGUCUCAACAAGAAUAUCUGGACUCCUGCUUUUUUUAUUUCAGGGCUCAAAAAUAAACCUUCUCCAAUCUGGAAAUCGUUUUUACUCCAUCGUAUUUGUUAUUAUUUAGAGCAGUCCAGACUUCUGCCUUGUGUUUGCAUACUGGUACUUCAGAUUGAGGGAAUCAGUGAAAACAGUAUGGUACUGCUUCUGUGACAAAUAUCAGUGCCUUAACAAUGUGGCUGUCUUUUUCCACUGAAAAAAGAAAGACAUUUUGAUCUAGAAAUGGCAUUGCUAUUUCAUUGCUGUUGGUUUCACACUGCCUUCCACGUUGCAACAGCAACUCGAUUUUUCCUGUGAUCCCAGAAUUUUCAAAAAGGGUGAGUUGACCCUGUAGCAGCACUGGCUGUACAAACCAGUGGUUCUCAAACUAAUGCCUCAGAAUCACCUGGGAGCUUUACUGAAGUACCGAUUCCAGAUAUUCAGUAAAUCGGCCUGUGAAGCAUGAUAAUCUGCAUUUUUAAAAAAAGUGUUCAGGUAAUUCUGAUGCAAGUGAACCGGGGGAUAUAUGUGGAGAAACACUGCCCAAGACCAUCCAUCACACUUUUCUUCCUAAACACCUGUGGAGUUUUCUAGGAUUUUAAAUCAUGCAAAAUGUUUAUUUAGUCUGAGCUUUGCGAGAAUGGGGAAGGUAUUUUAAAGUUUUGUUUUAUUUCUUUAAAUUUUUCUUUGUUCCAAGAAUAUGGGUAUUAGUUGUUUACACUUACCUUGAGUUAGCUUUGAUAUUAAAUUAAACCUAUUGCCACUUCAGUUAUAAAACCAGCCAAAAGUUUCCAGAUGAAGGUCAGGUUUGACCCUUUCAGAGUUAUUGUACAUAAAGGCUUCAUCCAAAAACCAUCCAGUGUAUGUGAGCAAGUACAAAAAUGACACACAAGCACAACUCUACAGAUGUGGCAGACCUUUUUCUUUGUCGGUGUGCAAACUUUCACUGAAAGCUGCUAUUUUCAUCCUCCUUUUAAUUGUUUUUCUUGUUUCUCUUCCAUUGUACAUGUGGGUUAUAGACCAUGUGUUAAAUAUGCAAUAAAGUGUUUACUGGAUGCCCUUCUGAAGGGUAGUCCUUUGUAAAGCUGUACAGACUUUGCAGUUUAAGCACAAUGUGCACAUGUUAGUUUUAUAUACAGCAAAACUUGAUUUUUUGCAGAUGAAAAGGUAUUUUGUUUCUAUACAAAGUAAAUCGAUUGUUUGUGCUUAAUGUAAAGCAGCUUUAUAUAAUUGUAAAAUAAAGUUUUUAUCUUAAAAGGAA